AAUAUAUGAAUAUAUACGGAGAAUUUCCUCCACCGCCUUCCUCGCACAAUCGUAGAAAUUGAAAUCGGUAUACAGGAAUCGAAGGAGAAGGAAAGAGGAAGGAUGUUCUUCUUCUUCGCGGGAGCGGUAGAGCAGCAAGUAAAACAGGUGCUCAAGAGCGGCGCCGGAAGGUGCAUAGCCUGCGGAUCCCGCGCCGAUCUCGUCGAUUACGAGAAGGUUCUCAAGCUCUUCUUCGUCCCCGUUCGGAGAUGGCCCGGCGACAAACCAGCCCUGUACUGCGACAACUGCAAGCUCUUCUUCCCCCAAACCCUAGCUCCGCCGCCGCCGCGCUCCAAGCUUCCGGACGCUCUGAGCUGUCGCUCCUGCGGCCGGGAGGCUGAGGCCGAUUUCCGAUUCUGCCCCUACUGCGGCGCCGAGAUGUGAAAUUGGUCUCUCUGUUUAUUAAUUUCAUGAAUCUGCUGCUUAAAGCAUGAGAAACGAUUUGAUCAAAUAUUUGCAUAUGAUCAUAUUAUGCUAUUUCCGUCCCAAAACUAAGGGUGUAUUCAAUUGGGAUUUUAUUGAAUUUUUUUAGAUUUUAAAAAGUUAAUGGAUUUGAAAAAAUUGUAGAAUUCAUG